UUCUGUUCGGACGGGGGCUGGGGAGUUGGGGGAGAGGGAGCUCCCACUCUGCAUGAAGGAUCGACGAAGAAGAUGACGACGGCUGAGCAGCCGCUGAAGAAGCGGAAGCUACACGAAGCGGCAACUGCUACAGCCGUCGACUCCGUUCAAAAGGAAGUCACUGCUCCUUCUCCGCCGCUUUCGCUGGAUGAAAUCAUGCGAAGGAGGAGAAACAGGGAUGAGAUCAGGGGCCUGUACGAGUGCUAUCGGAGAAUCCGGUUCUACGUCUCCCAGAAGGAUUCUCGUCUCAUGCCCGACUUCGAGCAGGCGUACCUCUCCCUUAUCAAGGCUUCCCGAGGUUGCACAAGUGCACAGCGUAUCAUAGCUGAGCUAAUUCCUCGAUAUGCUCUCUACUGCCCAACUGCGCUGGAAGCUGCUGCUAAGGUUGCCAUUAACAUGUACGAUUGUAACUUGUUGAUUAUGUUGAGAGGAGAAGAUACCGAUGGAAUAGCAUUUCAGACCGCCCAGGCUUGUGUUUUUGGUCUGGUUGAUAUAUGUAAUGCUGCAUCAACUGUAGCACCUAGCUCGUCUGUUAUUGGAGGAAUCUGUUCUGCUGUUUUUCUCAAUGUGUUGACUUUUUUCAUAUCAACUUUUGAGGGCAAGAACAUAUAUGAAGCAUCUGAUUUGGAACUUGAGAAAAUUGAAGAUUCAAAAGACUUCUUCGCGAAAUUAAAGCAGGCAAUGGAAGAAAAUGACACUUCCGUUUCAGAAAAACUAUUUUUCUUUAGGGCACUAAGCCUUAUUAGAAUAUUUGUUUAUUGCCCUAGGAGGGUUCUUUCAGCUUGUUUUGAGCUUCUUGACUCUAUAGAUAUUGGUGUUCAGAAAGGAGGUUUUUACUUUUUAAGGCAGGUAACAAGUCUAAUUGAUGCUCAAGAUUCUGAGCUUCACUUGGAUAAGCUGGAUAACAGGCCCACUUUGACAACUGAUUCUGUCUUGGCUAAUACAAACUGCAAUCAUCUAGCUGAAGAUGAAUUGAAAACCACUAAUGAGCACUUGCCUGAUAAAUCACUGUCAGCUUCAAGUAGCUUGAUGGAAAAGGUUAUCAGUAAGGAUCCUUCAUUGAAAAUGUGGAUCAUUUCAAGAUAUAAAAAACUAUCGGGAACAGCCUCCUUUAAAACUGCAUUAGAAGUGGCAUCAAUCCUGGGAUCAGCCAUGGGAUCUUUGUCUGAUCCUGCUUCUAGGCUUGAGAAUGAAGAAGAUGUUGAUAACGACAACUCUAAUUUUUCAGAUUAUAUUAGUCGACAGUAUUUGAUGCAUGAUGUUGCUGGUUGCCAUGAUGAUUCAACUGAUGCAUCUGGCAGAGAUUGUUCUUCUGCAUUAAACAAUGCAUCUUCAAAGGAUCCUCACCAUGACAAAAAGGAAUUCGCUGACAAGGGCUUCAAGCACAAUAUUAGCUCUGGUGUCUCUACAGCCAUAUCUGAGGUUGACGGAAAUGCAAGGCAUGAGUCUGGAGACAUAGUCUGCUUGAGGGACGUAAUGACUGCUGAGAAAGAGAACAAAGACAGAGCCUUUAUGCAAAAGGAUUUUGGGAUCCAGCAAGUGCAAUCUUCAAUCUCCAAGCCAGACCUCAGGAAUGUUUUACCUGUUGGGGUCGGCAAAACAGGUCAUGCUGAGAACCAUCUUUCUGAACCAGAGCUUAGCUCUCCAGCUGUAAGGGGUAUUUGUGGUGGUUUAACAUCUCCAAAACAACCAUUCUCACCAAGGCUCCAUUCAACAUCCACUGGUCAUGUUACUUGGUACUUGGAUGGAGAUCCUACUGCUAUGGAUGUCUUCUCUGCUUCAAAGCAACUUUGGUUUGGUGCUGUUGGACAUGAUGCAACAGAGAGUAUUGUAAGACUGCAGUUUGAGAAGUUUGGUCCCAUAGAAAGUUUUGCCUUUUUCCCUAUACAGAGAUUUGGCUUGGUUGAGUACAGGCACAUAAUGGAUGCUAUAAGAGCUCGCGAGUGCAUGCGGCAGUUUUGUAUCUCUGGUGCAUUUCUUCGUGUAAGAUUCUUAGAUGUAGGCUUAGGUAGCAGAGGAACUGUUAGUGGUGUUGCGGUUGGAGGUAGUUGCUGUGUUUAUGUUGGCAAAGUAACCAACAAAUAUUCCAAGAAAGAGAUUCUUCAUGAUUUAAUUGCUCUGUCAUCUAUCAGACCUCACACGUUUACUGAUUUGACCAGUGAAAGUGCACUGCUUUUAGAAUUUCAAACUGCUGAAGAAGCUGCUGCUGCAAUGGCUUGCAUUCGAGGCCAGCGCAGAGAAAAGGGUUUCCAUUGUUUACCUAGCAGACACUUAACUUUGAAUACCAGGUUUGAUGAUGGAUUCGCACCUCGCUAUCAGCUUUUGGUAUCUCAAAUAGAUGGUUCUGUCUCUGAAGAAGAAGUAAUUGGUGCAUUCUCAAGAUUUGGAGAACUGAUGGGGUGGAACUUUUUCCGGCAUGAUAGAUGCUGCAUAAUAGAUUUCCGUUCACAUGAAGCUGCUGAUGUUGCAAAAUCUUGUCUGCAUGGUGCAAGAUUUGGGGCUACGACAAUAUGUGUCGAGUUCAGAACAAACAAAGGCAAGGUCUCCCAAAAUAGUUUGAUUGAGCCGCCACAUAAUCAAACAGUAUAUGAUAAGGCUAAAGUAUCUCCAUUAGCAUCAGUAUUUGCAACUUUGUGUGCAAAAUACAGCAUUAUCCAACAACCGAGAAAGAUCCACAUGAACUCAUUGAGGGAUGAGGACCGGGUCCCAUCAAAUGUACUCUGGUUUAGCUUGCCAGAUAAUUCAUCUUUCUUAACCGAUGAUGAGAUCAUGUCUGUCUGCAAUCUUGCUGCUGGACAUGUUGGGCAUGUUUGUCUAUUAACAAGGACAAGCUUUUCCCAAGUAUCUGGUGCUUUUGUUGAGUUCAGUGGUGUAGAUGCAGCAGCAGUAGCAUUAAAGAAUAUUCAGGGAUGUCCAGGCUUGUUCUUUGAAGUUGACUUCAGCCCAGGUGCCCCAUUCCACCUGGAUGAGAAGCAGCUUCUGACAGGAAACCCAGGAUAUGUACGAUCUCAUAAUGACUUAUAUUCUUCUUGUUGGGAAAAUGUACCAAAGAACCAACCUCCUAUACUCAGUUCAGACAGAAUCCAUGAGGUCAGACUGCGCGAAUCACCACACAAUCCUGUGGGAAGUACAUGUGCGCAUGGUUCUCAUGCAGUUCCAUCCACCUGGUCAGUUUCAAGCAAUAUCGAGAUGGUGGAAAAGAAAGAUGAGGUUUGUGAUGGAAUUGAAAACAAAGUUGCAUCAGAUGGGCCUUCAACAUCAAAACUUCAACCUGGAGGAAUUAACUCAUUUGACGAUCUCCACAGCAAUCCUUCAGUAGUAGAUCCUACAAGAAACUCAUCACAGGUUUCUACUGUUGGACAGACCACUGAACAUGUAUGGUCAUAUAAGCAACCUGGGUUGGACCAACAAAUAACACCUGCUGGAGGCAUUUUGCAUCCUCCACCAUUACUGCCUGCUCCUAUUAUGCAUCCACCUAUCCAGACUUCACCUUUCAUACGUCCUGGUUAUGUUCCUGGAAACAGUUCAUGGGUUUCUCAUGGGCAAAGUUCUUCAGCAAUUAGUCAUGUUUCCACGGGUCCAGUGGCUAACAAUGGCCUGCAUUCAAAUGUUUAUGGCCGGCCACCCAUUUUACCUUCUGUUACCCCACUUGCACAGCUAGCAGGAGGUCCAAUACUCCAUUUCCAACAAAUGGUUCCCCUACCAGCUCCUCCACCUGUGUCACCACCCCCACCACCACCAGUGCCACCACCUCCCCUUCCUCCACCUCCUACUGAUUUUCCCCCUCCAUUGCCUCCACCACCACCUCCUCCUCCUCCACCACCAUCAAUGCCACCACUGAUUCCACCUCCACCUAGUUCUCCUCCUCCCCUUGUUCAACCUUCUUCAGAAACCCUGAAUAUGUCCACUGGACACAAUCAGUGGCAAGGCCUUCUAUGCAAAAGUGGUUUGAAUUAUUGUACUGUCUGUGCUACAAGAGAAGAGUCUGAUGCUUGUAAAUACACAUUUUCCUUCUGUGAGCCAGUCGAGUGGCCUGCUAAAUUGGAUGUGACAAAACGUACAGAUUUCAGACAUGUGAAAUCGACCUUUGCCAACACUCCACCAAACAAGUAUCUCUGGGAGAUUGUGAUGUUAGUGAAGAUGAUGAAGCCUUUAACAUGGUAGAUAAAUUGUUCUACUCAUUUUUUAGUUAAACCAUAGUCGCAAGUAUGUUUAAUAUUUUGAAAAUAUCUUGGUAUAUAAUUGUCUUGAACUCAGCCAACAAUAUUGACAAAAUAUAGCGAUAUGUUCAUGACUAUUGUAAAAAAUGAAAGUAUCAGAAAUUUAUUCGAAGAUGCUAUGACAUAUUCAGAAAUGUUCCUUUUUGUAUUUUUGAACCGUUCAUAUUUUUCUGUUUGCUUAUUCUGUGCUCUACAAAAUAACUAUGCUUGUUUCUGAGCUCUUUUUGAAAGAUUGAUCCCCGAGAGCUUGGUUCUGAGCUUGCGCUAAUAGUUUUGAGCUUGCCCCAAGCUUGACGUGGGCUUGCUAGGAGCAGACCCGUGUUUGAGCCAGCUGAGAUCAACUGGCACUCAGCCCUUGAAGAUCGCUACUGAGACCUAAUGCUUGGGUUUAGACCUUGUUCAAACAAGAGUAUGUUGGUAUUGUGACGUAUCAAUGAUUCAAAAUCAUGUGUGCAGCAUGCAAAAAUACAUGUGAUAUUAUGGUACUCCAUCUAAAGCAAAAAAGCUAAAUGAAAUUUUUUUAUUAAGUUUAAUAUGUGAUGAUGAAUAUCAUACAAUUCACCUUAGGAUCAUGAAAAGUCAUCUACUUUUCUACAACUUGGGAUAAUCCAAUACCAAUAUGUUUAAUUUGAAAACCGGUUGAAAGUAAGACAUUUUAUCUCUGAUUGUACUCAUUAUGAAUUUGGUUCUGUUAGCACUUAAAA